AUGGUCUUCGCGUGGCUAGCAAACAUCGUAGCGCUCGUGACCAUCCUGCGGGUACAGAGCCUUAGGAAUACUCCCCACAACACGCUCAUCUUAAACCUGACCGUAGCUGAUCUAGGUCGGGCCCUCCUCGUCAUGCCAUUCUCUCUCAAAUCGGUCCUUGAUGGGGGUGAAUACUUGACGGAUAGUCCUCCAGCAUGUAAGAUCGUUGGUUUCUUCACCGUUUUCUUCAUCUUCAUCAACUUCAUCACGGUAGCUUUCAUCGCAAUAGAUCGCGUGAUCGUGGUGACCUCUUGCAACAAGUGCAACAUCUCUGAUUGGACACGGGUUCGUGUCAUGGUGGCUUCCGCCUGGCUCAUAGCAGCAAGCAUUUCUCUGCUUCCUACCUUAAUAGAGACAAUAUCAACCAUCAAAUACAUAGAGGCGUGGAGAAUAUGCGGUGUACCACCGCAUAUCGUUGAUACAUUUAAUAUCUUCACAAAGGUCAUCAUGCUUGGUAUUGUCUUGCCCACGAUGGUGGUUUCAUACACCAUCAUCGCAGUUUUACUCUGGAAAAGAGACCGGAAGCUUACGCGAAGACGUCGACGUGGACUGAGGUCAACCAUUGUAGCCAGACCUGCAGUACCGGUUCCCACAAGUCCUGUCGGUUUCCGGAAGGUGACGUUUGACAUGAGAGUAACUAUACCAGACAGACAAUCUGUUGAAUUCGGAAUUAACGAAGAGCAACCGGUUUCACAAUGUCUCGAUCAACAGGGAUAUGAGGCCCCUCCAGGAGUGAACUCAUUUGGACACGCAUCACAGGAUACGAAUAGAAUUGAGGUGAAAAGCAUCAGCAAGGUGGAAGAUUGUGAUGCCUCACUUGCCUGGAAUCGAAACAAACCGAUCAAACGUAAUAGAAAAAGUGUAAUAUUCGAGGACAGACACCAGUCGGCUCAUGAUGGCGCUGCACCGGUUAGGUAUGGCCUAGGUGCUCGACUGAGUGCAUUGCUAAACAUUAAGAAAGAACCUAGCGUAAAUGAAGACGUUGCGGAUGGUGAAGAAGACAACUGCGUCAUCAAAGGAUUCAAAUCUGCACAUGGAACGGGUUUCACCCCUGGUACCAGUAUAUACUCGGCAGGAACAGGUGAGGACGACACUGGCACGAAUUACAGAACUGUCAUCGAAACGCGAACCCGACGACUGUCGCACCUCUUCGGCAGUCUCAAGGGGAUCGUAGGACUAGGACACUACGGAAGGGAAGACGACGAUGAUGACGAAUUCACGGAGAACUACAGCGACCGAGACGACGAACAGACCUGUGACAUUGACUCUGAACCAUCUCAAACAAUGACCACGCACUCUAUGUCACCAUCGAUGGUGGAUUGCGCCACCGGCAAGGACGACGAAAACAUGGAUGACGUCGUGAGGUCGCCGCGUGUCCGUAGGAGAAAUCGCAAGACGAAGCUCGAGAAGCUGCGUAAUAUUAGGCAGAGGAGAGUCGCCUUAACAGGUGUACUACUGGUCUGCUGCAACAUAGUUUUCUCUCUCCCUCUUGCCGUCUGGAGUUUUUUCGAUUCUCCUGCAGACUGGUACGGCGUCCUGGCAUUCUGGUUAACAUACUGUGUAACGAUAGCAGACCCUAUGGUGUACGCCUUCAUGAACAGACGGGUCAAGAAGGAAUUGAAGAUGUACAGGAAGACCAUCGCCAACAGUUUGCCAUGCAAAAAUAAAGAAGAAUAG